AUGGUUGAAAAAUCUUGUGGGUUAGAUUUUGAACAAUCAACAUUUUGUUUUUCUAAAAUUGCAUUUCAUGGAUAUGAUUCAAUCAAGUCAGAAAAUUCAUUAAAAGACUUAACUGGCACAACUUUUCAAAUAUUUAACUUUUUAUUGGGACUUUUACCUCAAAGUAAUAGAUUAAUUAUUAGUAAGGAAAAUACUCUUUUAAUUUGUUUAAUGAAAUUAAAACUUGGGCUAACGUAUUCAUCCUUAAGCUCAUUUUUUUCAAUUCACAGAACAACUGUUAGCAGAGUUUUUUCAAGUCAGAAAUGUAAACAUUUAAUAUUUUGGCCAUGUAAAAGUACAAUAAUAGAAACGUUACCAGAAGUUUUUAAAAAAAAUUAUCCAAAUUGUAGGUGCAUUAUUGACUGCACAGAAAUUCGGACAGAACAGCCUAAAACUGUGGAACAGAGGGUUUGUAUGUAUUCACAUUAUAAAGGAGGAUAUACCAUUAAAGUACUUGUUGCCAUUACACCAAAUGGAAUGGUUAGCUUUUUGUCUAAAUCGUAUGGUGGUAGAUCCAGUGAGAGUUAUAUCACUAACGAUUCUGGUUUUUUGAAUAAACUUGAACCUGGUGACCAGGUUCUUGCGGAUAAGGGGUUUCCAGGGAUAAAAACAGGUGUUGAUGAUCAAAAUAGUAUUCUUGUAAUUCCCCCCAUGCUCCAUAAUGGUAGAUUUACCGAGGAAGAAGUUCUAAGCACUUCUAAUGUUGCUGGUGUAAGAAUACAUAUUGAGAGGCUUUUUGCUAGGUUAAAAACAUUUAAUAUACUUAAUAAAAUAACAUCUGAUCUAUUGGUAUACAUAGAUAACAUUUUAUUUAUGUGUUGUGUCUUCAUGUUCAUAUUUUAA